CCAAACCCAUUUUAACCAUACUCCUCCUCUACACCCUUCUUCUCCAUCUCUAUCUCCCCUGUUAUUCUCUAUCAUGCGCCGACUGUUCUGAUACAAACAAAGGGGUUGAGUUGAAGUAUUAGAAACUGUAAAUUAAAGGAAAAAAUUGAAUCAUCGUAGAUUGCUUUUUGGUAAUGGCGUGUAAGGGUUUUUGGGAGUGUCUAUUGAAGCUAUUGAACUUCCUUUUAGUUCUUGUUGGUUUGGGUAUGAUUGGGUACGGAGUAUACCUUUUUGUUGAGUAUAAGAAUAUCUCUUCCGACGAUGAUGGUGGUGAUUCCGCCCUCCCUCCUUCGACCGAUGCUUUUGUACAGCUCGGUCGGCCCAUGCUGUUAGCUGUUUCUUUGGCUGAUAACAUUUUCGACAAACUUCCCAAAGCAUGGUUUAUUUAUCUUUUCAUUGGGCUUGGUGGAAUUGUUCUUUUCAUUGCUUGUUGUGGUUGCAUCGGAACUGCUACUCGGAAUGGCUGCUGCCUCACUUGUUAUUCAGUGCUGGUGAUCUUGUUGAUAUUGGCCGAGCUGGGAUUUGCUGCUUUUAUAUUCUUUGACGAAAGCUGGAAAGACAAAAUUCCAACCGACGGGACUGGAAAUUUUGCUAUGAUAUAUGAAUUUCUGGAUAAGCACUGGAAAAUUAUCAAAUGGGUUGCUCUUGGUGCUGUUUAUACUAGAGGUAAGACGAAGAUCUGCUCUUGA